AUGGCCGUCGGACGCAGCGCAGCCCUCAAGCUCGACUGGACCAAGCUGGCCACUCAGCUUGGCCUCAAGGGUCAAACCGCCGCCGCCCUCCAGUCGUUCAAGAAGCGCAAUGACGAUGCGCGCCGCAAAGUCACCGUCCUCUCGGAGCAGCCCCAGACUGUUGAUUUCAGCCACUACCGCAGCAUCCUCAAGAACCAGGCAGUCGUCGACGACAUCGAGAAGCAGUUCAACGCUUUCAAGCCCCAGACAUACGAUGUAGGAAGGCAGAUCAAGGCCAUUGAGGCUUUCGAGGCUCAGGCCGUCCAGAGCGCAGAGCAGACCAAGUCUGUUGUCGACAAGGAAUUGAGCGACCUCCAGAAGACACUGAAGAACAUCGAGGACGCCAGGCCAUUUGACGACCUCACCGUUGACGAAGUCGCUGCUGCCCAGCCUGAGAUUGACAAGCGCACCGAGCAACUCGUAUCCAAGGGUCGCUGGGCCGAGAAGUUUGGCGAUCUAUCCGUCCUCUAA